UUGACGGCUGGGAUGAACAGAACCCAAAUUCAAAAAGCGUCCAUGUUGUUUGUGUAAUUAGAUUUACGUCUGAAACGUCACAGGCUGUAAGAAUCAAGUCAUCUUCUUGGACAUCAGCAAAUACUGUAGAGGUAAUUAAUGGACAUGGCCCAGGGACCACCUCUCCCUCACAGAUCUGAUAGUUUACCAGAAUACCAAAGCAUCCCUCCCAUCCCUCCAAAACCCCAACUGACAGAGCCUCAGGCUGAGAGAAAGGCUGGAAGCUUGAAGAAAAUGGCCACUGUUGAUCAACUAAACCUGGAGAUGUCUGUGAAUCAGGAAUUUGAGUCCAAAAAUCAUUACAGGAACUGCUUCAAGACAUUUCACGACUAUUACUUGAAGGGGCAGCUGUGUGACAUAGAGAUUAAGGUUGGUGAGAAGACUUUUGCCUGUCAUCGAGUCAUUCUUUCCUCUGUCAGUAAUUAUUUUCGCACCAUGUUCAUGUCUGAAAUGACAGAGAGUAGACAGAGGGAGGUCACUAUUCAUGACAUUGACGAAACUGCCAUGGAGAACUUAGUGCAAUAUGCCUACACAGCCAAAAUUCAGCUCACCACAGAAAAUGUCCAGCCCAUUCUGUAUGCAGCUUCCAUUUUGCAGAUAGAAGUUGUCGCUAAAGCUUGUUGUGAAUUCAUGAAGAAACACCUGCAUCCUACUAACUGUAUUGGAGUUCACAAUUUUGCACACCAGCAUAAUCGAAUAGAGUUAAUCAAAAUGGCAGAUGAUUACAUCUUGGAGAACUUUUUGGAGGUGGUUGAUACAGAGGAAUUUAAAACUCUGCCCUUUGAUCUUAUGGAAAAGUUGGUAUCCUCCCCAGAUCUGAACGUGGAGAACGAGAAUCAAGUGUAUGAGGGGGUCAUGAAGUGGAUCAAAAUGGACAUCGAAAAUCGAAAGUGUUAUUUGGGAAAGCUGAUAUCCAAAAUUAAACUACCCUUACUGAGCCCUGAUUACUUACUGCAGACUGUGGCUACAGAGGAUCUGAUAAGGAGAGAUUUGGAAUGUAGAGACUAUGUAGAUGAGGCCAAAGCAUAUCAAAUGUCCCUGGCAAGUCUGGUCUCCAAUGUUAGGAUAUCUCAGAAUACCAGACCCAGGAAAAACUAUGCAGGUGUACUGUUCUGUGUUGGGGGAAGGGGGGCCUCCGGGGACCCAUUCAAGAGCAUAGAAGUGUAUGAUCCCCGCAGAAAUAGGUGGUUCCAGGUCAGUGAAAUGAACACCAGGAGGCGCCACGUGGGUGUUUGCUGUUCUGGAGGUUUGCUGUAUGCUAUUGGUGGACAUGAUGGCACCAAACACUUGAAGAGUGGUGAGGUGUUUGAUCCUGCAUUGAACAGCUGGAAGACCUCUGUAAAACCUAUGUCUACCCCAAGGAGGGGGAUUGCCCUGGCCUGUCUAGGGUCAGCUAUCUAUGCUGUAGGGGGACUGGACGAUUCCACAUGUUACAGUCUGGUGGAAAGAUAUGAUCCCUCUGUGGACCAGUGGACAAUGGUAGCCAGUAUGAAUAUCCCUCGAGGAGGAGUCGGAGUGACUGCACUGAAAGAUAAUAUUUAUGCUGUUGGUGGGAAUGAUGGAAUUUCUUCUUUAGACAAGUGUGAAAAGUAUGAUCCACUCCUGAACAAGUGGACAUUUAUUGCACCCAUGAAUCGCCACAGGGCAGGGGCAGGGGUAGCAGAGUUAGAUGGGUACCUGUAUGUUGUAGGAGGAUUUGAUGACAGUUCUCCAUUGGACUCCUGUGAGAGAUAUGACCCUCAUACUAACACCUGGACAUUUGUGACCAGUAUGUCCUGUUGUAGGGGAGGAGUGGGAGUUGCCUCCCUUGGGGGUCAGAUGUAUGCAGUAGGGGGUCAUGAUGGCUCUAAUUAUCUGAGCUCUGUUGAGUCCUAUGACCCAAUUGAAGACAAGUGGUGUUUUGUCAGUAGUAUUGGAAAUUGCCGUGCCGGGGCAGGAAUAUCCUAUGCCUCCUAUACUUCUGCCAUGCUUUUCUCCGCUGGCAUAUGUGCAGAUGGGAAAGUGCCAACGAUAUAAGUCAGUGUAGAGCGGGGGCAGGAUUAGCCUACUGUUACUGUCCCUCAGCCAAACUUCAGCCAUCUCAGCAACCCAGUGUCUGUCAACUACAGUGUUACUGACAGAAUCAACGACCAGCAACAUAAUAAAGCAGCCCUCACAGAAUUACAGCAACACAACAUCUGUCAUCUUCAGUGUUACUGACAGAAUCAACGACCAGCAACAUAAUACAGCAGCCCUCACAGAAUUACAGCAACACAACAUCUGUCAUAUUCAGUGUUACUGACAGAAUCAAUGACCAGCAACAUAAUACAGCAACCCUCACAGAAUUACAGCAACACAACAUCCGUCAUCUUCAGUGUUACUGACAGAAUCCACAACCAGCAAAAUAAUACAGCAACCCUCACAGAAUCACAGUAACCCAAUGUCUGUCAACUACAGUGUUACUGACAGAAUCCACAACCAGCAACAUAAUACAGCAACCCCCACAGAAUCUCAGCAACCCAAUGUCUGUCAACUACAGUGUUACUGACAGAAUCCACAACCAGCAACAUAAUACAGCAACCCUCACAGAAUCUCAGCAACCCAAUGUCUGUCAACUACAGUUUUGUUGACAGAAUCCACAACCAGCAACAUAAUACAACAGCCUUUACAGAAAUACAGCGACCCUCUUCAUCAACUACACCACUAUCAACUACACAGCAAUCAGCAACAAAAACAAAACUUCUUCCUCACAAUCCCUAGUUUCUGAAAUACUGGGACAAUGUUCAUGUAAUUCACUUUUUUUUAUUGUUAACAAUAGAAUCAACAACCAGCAACGAAAAAUGGCACACACAGAUUGUAACAACCCACCAUCACAAUAGAAUUCAGCAAUACUGUAAUACAUGUAAUAAAAGGUAUGGCGUUGUCAUUACAUCUUUAAAAAUUAACAGAUGUUGAAUUGAGUCACCUGAAGAAAGUAGAUGAAUAGAAUGUAAUGUUUUACAUCCUCAAAGAGAAACUGGAUUUAAAACUUUUUUGUGGAUUGAUAUUUUUUUUUGUUUAAAUCAAGAGAAGUUUUUAUAUUGGAACUUUGUUCAAAGCUAUUUUUACAUGCAGUUUUAAUUUGUUGAUUUUGUAAUGUAUGCUUCAUUCCACAUUCGGCAAGCUGUUUGUUUAGUAAUUUGUAUAUAUAUAUAUAUAUACAUGUAUAUAUGUUUUUUUUUCUUUUCUUUUUUUUUUUUUGAAAACCAUCCUUUAAUAUUGUGCAAUAUGUUUUCCUAUUGUAUACAUUAUUUUUAAGAAGAGUUGUGCUAUUGAAGGCAAUUUUUAUGCCAUUUGUACAGUACAUGUACAUUUGUACAUGUAUUUGAUUUUUUUGAUAGAGUGCUACCUAUGCCCUUAUUGCCAUGGUUACAUACAGUGCUUAUGUCAGAUAACACAAAACUUAAAAGCAUAAGAUGGUUUACUACAAAAUAUUAUUUUACAAAAAUUCUGAAGUUAGAACCUAAGUGUCUCACAGUUAAACGAAGACACAACCUCUGGUGUAUAUAUUUGUUUUCAAUAAUAAAGAUGGUUAGUGAGCCAUUCAGUUCUAAGCUACACAUAUUUAUUUAUAUCUGAGUUGUAAUUCCCUACCAUCAGUGUUCACAAAUACAGAUUUUAUUUAUACAAUACCUUGGUUUAAUUUGCAUGUUUACAACUGUUUCUGAGAUAUAUUUACAGAAUAUCUUAAUUAACAUGUACAUGUAAGUGCUCAUUUUGUGAAACACGAGUAGUAUGCUACAGUGUACAUUUAAGGACGUUUUAGUUCUUUACAUGUUGUUACUCUUAGUUGAAUUUCAAUAAAAGCUUAAAUGGUG